AUGGUCCUCCCAAGGAGGUCUGCGACAACCUCCACUGUUUCUAGUUUUGCAAGCAGAAAACCUCGCACUCCAUUCCUCUGCGAACACCAAAUCUUUGCCCUGGCAGCUCGCCAAUUUACGACCAGUCACAGGAGGGAAGCUCUCGGACAACGCAGAGAUUUGGACUAUGCCUCCGUACUACCGAAGCAAAAAUCCCAGAAGACGAUGAUGGCCAGGACCUCGUUCGAAAAGUCAAAAGCCCUCCCUGAUGAUUUGGGCAGAAUGCCCAACUGCCCCGUCAUAUCCACGGCAUCAAACCUCCCCAGUUGGUUCCCUCCCACAUUCCGAAAACGACUGCAAAUUCAAUGGUUCCAGAUCAAGCAAAAUGUGCAGGGAACCUUCACCUUGAUCUAUCUACAGUGGUGGGAUGCGCCCCGAGACCCUCUUACGAACAAGAAAUUGUCAAAGCCUCUUGAGCUCUCCGAAAGACCCCAGAUUGCCCUGGAUCUGCACAAACAAUUCAAUACAGCGCUCGCGGCCGGCGAUAUACGCGCUCUCGAGAAGGUCGCAUGCAACGGGCUCCUUAGCCAAGCUCGAUCUCGCGUUGAAAGGAGAAAGAGAACGCGCACAGACGAACUAUGGAAGCUGCUCAGUUAUUCUGGCAUCACCUACCCGCGCUUCCUACAGAAGUGGCCCAUAUCCGUGCUACUCCCUAAUGCCUCUGCGAGAGUCGUCUCUGACCGUUUGGCCCCUCUCCCAAUGCCGAACUCCUCUUUCCGGCAAUGUACCGUGCGAAUUCGAUCGACGCAAUAUUACAAACUGGCGAAUAUGGCCCAGGGCGAUGUCAAAAACCUGACUGAAUAUGUCGUGAUACAGAAACUUACGCUCAACGGUAAAGAAGGGCCGUGGAAGAUGUGGGGAACAGUUGAUCCAAAUACCAUUGAAGAGUUAGAGAAGAUGAUCGAAGGUGGAAAGACACAAGACACCAUAGGCGGCAGAUUCAGAGAGCAACUCUCCGGCUUUACUGGUUUCAACGUUUGA